AUGGGUGACAUGUUCAUAAUUCCUAUGCUAAGCCGCUGCGUGUUUACACAAGUAACGAAUGAAGCCUUUGGGAGCACCGUUUGGGAAGGAAAAAAUCCGUUGUUGGCUCUGGAGGUGCUCGCCGAUUUAACCGAAUCUUGUCCGGGUAAUGCUGUUCGAUUGAUCGAAUGGCUGGGAAUUUAUUUCGGUAAACCGCGGGAGUUGGAAUGGGAAUAUAGGUCGGUGUUUGCUCGACUGACGAUGACUCGUUCUCGCCUCUACGUCCCUCGCGAAAUGUGGGAAACGUUUCGGUUUUCUGGAGCAGAUAGGUUGGACACCCGUCAGCAGCAUGAUGCGGUUGAUUUCUUCACCGAGUUGAUUGAUCGAGUGGAUUCGGCCUUGGAAAAAGAGAAGAAGCCGCUGCUGUUUCGACCACGAAUGCGAGGGAAAUUCACAUACGAGUACAUUUGUUAUGGCUGUUUCCAUCGACAUAUCGGCGUAGGUGAAGAUUUCAUAGCUGUGAAUCUGGAACUUCAUGGUCCAUCCUUAGAGGAUGGCUUAGAACAUUAUGUAAAUGGCGAACUACUGGAAGGAGAGAACGCGUAUUUCUGUAGUAAAUGUGAAGAGAAGAGGAAUACACUCCGACGUGGUUCAUUUUCCGAAUUGCCAAAUACAUUAGCGAUUCAACUGAAAAGGUUCUCAUACGAUAUCAAUGGUCGUGUAGAUAAAAAGAAUGACUACUGCGCGUUUCCGAUGCUUCUUGACAUGACGCCUUAUUGUACGCAAGCACGAGCUGUCUGUGACCAAGAUCUGAAGUCUCUCUUUGACGAUUUAUACAGCAGCGGGCAGGAAGACAGCGCAAGCAUAGAUGAGGAACAGGAUGUGGUAAAAUCUCAAGAAUCUCACCAUAGCCCGGCUUCUCCAAGCAGAUGGGGAAGGAAGAGAAGGAAGACCUCAUCAUUGCCAAGCAUGGCAGGUGUCGAGAACUACCAAUAUGAACUUGUGGGUGUAGUGGUACAUUCGGGUGGAGCACGAGCAGGUCACUAUGUUUCAUAUGUGAAGGAGCGCAGGUGA